AUGAGCUAUCUUCAAUAUCACAGAUAUUCUUUCGUCGUGUCCCAACACCCAGAAGAGCCACCCUCUGUAGUCAUGGGAGAACCUUGUUUUGAGAAUCCCUGCUCAUAUGACGCUAUUGAUGAGGUUUUAAGUCAUAUAUCAGACCUCACAAUGUGUGGGGACAGGAAGUGGACAAUUCUGGGUUGUGACGCACUACCAUAUACAUUAGGUAGCCGUUUGAUCGACUCUUCUUUCCUGUGCCCAACAUGCCACAGGGAAUUCAUAGAUGCUCCUAGUUUCGAUGAACAUCGAAACGACUCUGAGCAUUCUACUACUAUAAGGAUGGAACAGUGCAAAAAAUUUAAGAAUGUACUCCUCAUACCAGGCCUGGGCCAUUACGAAAUAAAUAUGGUGAAAAGCAUAAUUAGUUUCAUGUGGAAGGUUGCAUUUGAGGACCUAGGCAAAAUGCUAGGAUUCAAGAGUCCCACUGCAUUAGCGUCAUUACGUGCUUGUGCAGAUCACCAUAAGAGCUGGCAGGUAUUGCAGAUAUUUCUGCAUGCAGUGUCUGAGGAGCUUCUAACACCUUAUGUACGACACUGUAAGACUACCCACAUUCAUCCAUCUCUCAGGGGGUAUUAUGAAUGGCUAAAGACAUCUCAGCCUACUGUUUUAUAUGAAUUUAUGCGGGAGGUUGUAUUUACUUACUGCCUUUCCAUCCAUGUAUUCAGAGCAGGUGUCAGGCGCAACAAUACUGAUGCCAUUAAUUGUAGCAAAGCAAAGUUUGCCCCUCUCUUUUUUGGUCUUAAUAUGCCUUUUUACAUGGAAACAUACAUUAGGGAUUCCUUGACUCGUAUACAAUGUCCGCCUGAAGUUCUUGCGUUCAUUGAGAGACAUGAAUCCUACAGUGUUUCGGGUAACGAUAGCAAAGGUGAAGGAGGGGACUUUGUGCUAGAAGCAAAAAACAGAGAAACAAAAAGGCUUGUACCCUCUGGAGUCCCCACAAAUCAAAUCUGGACCAACAUUUGUCGAAAUGUAGACAGAUUAGGCAAGAUUAGAUCAAAAGUGUAUGAACUUCAGACCAUUUCCUCCACUGAUACACAGUACUCUUACGCAGUGGAUUUAUCCAGAGAAAUCUUUGAAUUCAGGAAAAUGGUACGCAGCAGCGGAUGGUUUGCGUCCCGUACACUGAUCAGUAUAGGAGGAGUCACUCUGGAUGAAGAACUCCUUCAUUUCUCCAGAAGAUGCCAAGACAACAUGUUGGAGUUCUUAGAAUCUUCUGGAAAUGACCUCUCAUGCAGACGGAAAUUCCAGCCAAUAUUUGUUCUGCCAGAGGAGAGGGAAAAACAUCAGGCACUGGACAACCAGACUAGGGCAACAUUACUUCAAAUGGUUGAAGAUGUCCUGGACAACAUGAGCCUUAGUCUGGUAUUGUCCUAUAAGCAGAGAUGGAAGUCUGUAAAAAGCAAAUCCAAAUCGGCGAUAAUUCAUUUCUUGCAAGAACUAAGAGAGGUGGACAAAUAA